AUGGUGACCUAUAGCAAGCACUUCAUUCCGCUUGAGUCCAAUCCCGAUGUUUUCAACCACUUGAUUCAUGACUUGGGCGUCUCAAGUGUCCUACGCUUUCAUGAUGUCUUGUCGCUCAGUGAGCCCGAAAUCCUUGCAUUUAUCCCUCGACCAGUCUUAGCACUUGUCAUUGCAUUCUCUACCCCUCCCCAGUACGAAGAUCUCCUGGUUGAAGACAAUGCGUCGACGCCUGAAUACACGAAAACUGGAGAAGACGAAUAUGUCAUGUGGUUCAAGCAGACAAUCAACAAUGCGUGCGGACUUUACGGCAUUCUUCACGCAGUUGCAAAUGGAUGUGCACGAAACUUUGUGGGUAUGUUUCUCAAGUAA